AUGCUGGCCUCUUGUUUCCGGCGGCGACUGGACCUCCUCACACCCGGCAGGCGCCUCGUAUCUACUGCCGCUAAUGCGAGCGCAAGCACAUCAACGCGUCGCAAACGCGUCGUGUUCUCGGGCAUCCAACCCACCGGUAUACCUCAUUUAGGAAACUACCUCGGAGCGCUGUCCAAUUGGAAAAGGCUGCAGGAUGAAGCUGCACCCGAAGACGUCCUUAUAUUCUCCGUCGUGGGUUGGCACGCCCUUACCAUGCCGCAAAAUCCUGCGGAGCUGCGCCAGGCAAGGGCGAGCAUGAUGGCCGUCCUGCUUGCUAUGGGAUUAGACCCCAGGAGAUCCGUUAUUUUCCAUCAGGACCACAAUCCGGACCAUACGGAGCUCGCAUGGGUGUUCAAUUGCAUCACGCCUAUCGGCAAACUACGCCGUAUGACUACAUGGAAGUCAAAGCUCGUUACGGCACGCAAUGCGAAUGAUGAAACGGAAGUCGACGAGUCACUGCUCCAUGUGGGUUUGUUCGACUACCCAGUGCUGCAAGCCGCAGAUAUCCUUGCGUACAAAGCAACGCACGUCCCGGUAGGUGAAGACCAGCAACAGCAUCUUGAACUAUGUCGAGAUAUUGCGGACUCGUUCAAUCGCACCUUCAAAGAACGUUCGCCGUUAUUCCCCCUUCCCCAGCAUGUCUUCACUCCACAAAAGCGGAUCCUAUCCCUCCGCGACUCCAGUGCAAAAAUGUCAAAGUCCGCUCCAGAUCCGAAGUCUCGGAUUCUCCUCACCGACACCACCUCCGAAAUAAGCAAAAAGAUCGCCGGAGCCCAAACGGACUCGGAUCCUUCGGUAACCUAUGACCCCGUCUCCCGCCCCGGGCUAGCGAACCUCCUCACAAUCUUCGCUGCCUGUACCGAAACGUCCCCCGAGGACCUCGCGAGGAAGUACGACGGCUCGAGCUUUGCCAAGCUCAAGAAAGAUGCGGCGGAAGCCGUAAACGCUUUUCUCAGCGGCCCGAGGGCGGAGUUCGCGAAAUUGAAGGACGAAACAGGGUAUCUGGACGAAAUAGCCAGGACCGGUGCGGAGAAGGCAAGAGAUAUCUCCGGUAAAACGAUGUCGGAGGUUCGUCGACGAGUCGGUUUGGCUUGAUGCCCAUGUAUCGCGAAGGCGCCGGAACUGCUACCCGCGCGGAUUGGCACAUUCGAUCACCAUACUUUCUGGGUUCCCUAUACUACCGGCCUGUAGUAUCACGUAGGGCCAACGUCGAUCAUAUAUUUUCCGAGGGCACCCAAGCACUCGCGGGCAGCGUUACCAGCGUAUCCGUGCUCAUUUCCCACGUCAUGACGUCAUGGAAAUCUUACUGAAAUGCUUUUCUCCGUCAAGUCUCGACGAUCGUGUAUCCGGCAAAGUCGGCCAGGCCCAUCUACUCGGAUUUCGCCACGAAUAUCCGCAUCCCCCUUUAUAUUGUUUGGCUUGAGCAUCUUGACCGCAGGCGUUCUGAUUGCUGCCAGAGCUUACUACGCCUGCGCAAUUUGGUUACGGAGCGCUGAGCUACUGAGUUCAUGCAUUGCGCUCACGCUUUGGAGGCGAUGGCGUCAUUUCAAGAUUCCCAUGGUACGCGAUGGAAUCCUGCAGGAGAGAACGGUGUGGGUACUUACUUGCACU